GGUGUCUCUAGGCCUGACAACACAACAGCAGUUUCAGCAGCAUGGCCACUUCCUCCUUCUCCUCCUCCUCCACUCCCCACCCUCUCCCAAACUCCUCUUUCUCAGCGUUCUCCACUACCUCAUGGCCUCUCCCCUCCCACGGCCUCCCCCCCCUCGGCCUCCCCCCCCUCCUCCCCCGUCUGUGACCUGGAUGACUCGGCCCUCCGUCUCCCCCUGGCCGUCCUGUACAGCCUCUUCUUCCUGCUGGGCCUGGUGGGGAACCUGCUGGCUCUGUGGGUCUUCCUCUUCCUCCACGGCAGGAACAACUCAGUGCGCGUGUUCCUCAUCAACGUGGCGGUGGCUGACCUGGUUCUGCUGGCCUGCCUGCCCUUUCGGGUGGUGUACCACGCCUCGGGAAACCGCUGGGUGCUGGGCUCCCUGGCCUGCAAGCUGGUAGGAAACCUGUUCUACAUGAACAUGUAUAUCAGCAUUACGCUGCUGGGGCUCAUCAGCCUGGACCGCUACGUCCGGCUGAAGGGGCGGGGCAGGGAACGGGGCGGGGCCCCGGGGCGGAGGCUGUGUCGGGGGCGGAGCUGCGGGUGGACCUGGGUGCUGUGCGGGGUGCUGUGGUUCCUGGCGCUGGUCGGGCUGGUUCCCAUGGCGCUGCAGGGAGAGGGGAACGAGGAGAAGGGGAAAUGUUUCCAGUAUAAGCAGCGUCACGGCGCCAGAUCCAAGGCCUACUUCAACAUGGCGCUGGUGGGGCUGUUCUGGGCGGUGUUCGUCCUGCUCGUGGUCUCCUACGGGAAGAUCGCAGCACGGCUGCUCCGCGUGUCCACAGAGCGGCCCGACAUGCCCAACGCCCAGCGCUACAGGCGCACCGCCAGGAAGUCCUUCUUCGUCCUCUUCCUGUUCACCGUCUGCUUCGGGCCGUACCACGCCUUCCGACCCGUCUACGUGCUGUCCCAGCUCAGCCAAUCCCUGUCCUGCGACUACAAGCGCCUGAUGGAUCGGACCAAUGAGGUGAUGCUGCUGUUCUCAGCUUUCAACAGCUGUCUGGACCCAGUGAUGUACUUCCUGUUGUCUGGAUCGGUCAGGAAGGCGGCGAUGCGGGCUCUCGGUGAUCGCAUCACAAACCGUCUCACUCUCCUGAACGAGGGCACGUCCAACAGUUCCACCACGGAGUUCAGGAGGACCUCAGUGACCCCCCCAGAGGGGGCCUACCCCUCCCUCACCCCCAGGACCAGCAUCAGUCUCCUAAACUCCCCCCUUCGCGUCGUAGGGGCACAAACGAUCCUGGCACAAACGACCACACCGGCUGACUGACUAGAGCUUCAAGCGCCGGGAGUUUGAACAGGUGUUUCGAUUACUGCCGGUUUUUCACAUCUGAUGAAAGGGCUGCAGGUGGGCCGAUUGUAGACUUUGUAACUAAGGUUUGAGUGUGUCAGCCUCGUGAGAAGCGACCCACUGCACAUUGAGAGUACUGCGACAUGCCAUGUGUUGUGUGAGGGAGUGUGAUUAAACACUGAUUAACAAAA